AUGGUGUCCUUCUCCUGCGAGGGCUGUGGAGACGUCCUCACAAAGAAGAAGCUUGACGGGCAUCGUAACCAAUGCUAUGGCGCUUCCUUUACCUGCCUCGACUGCAUGGUCCACUUCCCAGGAACCUCGUACAAAUCUCAUACGGCCUGCAUAACCGAAGACCAAAAGUACCAGGGCAAACUCUACAAAGAGAAGAAGAAGGGCCCGCAACAGAAGAGAGACAGCGCCUACCACGACAACUCUCAAGUCCUUACUCCUCACAACGCAUCCGUCGAAGAAGCGCGCGAUGAUGACAACGCCGUCGCAGUCGUGGAUGCCCCGCCUCGUGCGCCCACUCCUCCGCCAGCGGCGCACUCUCUAGGCUAUCACCAGCAAGAGGCUAUUGAGGCUCCUAAUGUCUUCGAUUUCCUUGACCCCUCGUCGACACCCAAUGUUCCGAGAACGAGCGCGCCCAUCAACGAAGCGCGCAUGCUUGAAGAUAGUCAGCCACCUGCAUACGAGGAGCAGUACAUGCCUACAAUCGCCGACGUCAUGAAGUUCCAGGUACCUGACGACGACGAGUCCUUUGCACAAAACGGCUUCUCGUACGGGAACGAGCAAGUUCGUCCUUCCAAUGAGCGCUACGACUCAUACACUCCCCCUGCCUCCAAGCCAAAGCACUCGGAAAACAAGUCGCGCGACACGGAUGUUGAAACUACGUCGAAGAAAACCGAUCGCAAGCGCAAGCGCAAUUCGCCCAGUGAACUCGAUAUGUCGCUGGUCCGCGCCCAGGAGGAAAGAGACACUAUGAUGGCAGAUGCGCCCGCCACGCUUCACUCUGGUCUCACUGGAGGGCUGAACAGACUGCUUGCCCGACCUGAGUUCCCACCUUCGCCGGAUGACUCUGGUGACUAUGUCAACUCGCCUCUGAGCCCCAUGAAACGCGCCAAGCAGGGUAACUCGAAGGCUCUUAUGCGCGCGCAGCGAGAAUACGAGGCGGAGCAAGCUAAGCAGCGCAAGGCUGACACCAAGGCUCGUGAGCAAGCAGAGAAGAAGGAGAAGGACAGGGGCCGCGAUAAGGAGCGCAAAGAGCGUAAGGCUAGCACUGCUCUCGUCAAGAUCAGGCCCAAGAAGAAGCGCGAGGAUUCUACAACUGAGGUUCGCCGAGUCCGCCGUCGGCAAUACUCGUCUUCUGUGUCGCCACCACCGCGCGAGAGCAAAGCGGUCAAGGCCAUUGAGUACCAUCGUUCGGCAACAAACUCUCCGGAGCCAGAUGGCCAAGGCCAGCUGAUUGUGCGGCCUACUGGAGACGUUGCACCUAUCUCCUCGCCUGCAGGACUGUUCAUGUCCUUCAUCACCAAGGGCCCAGACUCCGAGCGCGGCAUGAGUGUCAACAAGGCUCUAAAACGGUAUCAUCGCGAGCGUCACGAGCACCAUGCCCGCGCGCCCUCCAAGGCUGACGACGAGAAAGAGCUCUGGAAGGAUCUACGUCUCCGAAGAAAUGAUAGGGGCGAGAUUGUUCUAUUCUAUGCUCCUAACGAGGCUUCGUGA